GUACAUGGAGUUAUCCUCCAAAAAAAAAUUCAAGUCUUGUUCACUCGAUGUAUUGAUCUCAAACCCAGAUUCGGUACAACUCCGGCGAGUUUCCCCACCUCUUCCGUUCUCAAUCCAGCGACGCUUCUAUUUCUUGAUGACCACAGUAGCCUCCGGCUUCGUAUCUUUCUCGCUGGCGCUGAAUCUGGAGAGACAAAUCGACCAAGAUUCAUCAAAUCUCCUUCUUACACUACAUGUUUUCUCUAACCACCUCUCCAAUUCAAUAGAUUUUCAGGCCAAAUCUCGACGGUCAUGUCCCAACAUCCGAACUCGGUCUGCAUGUCUUCCCGUGGUUUCAGCAUCGUUAACCCAAAUCGAAGUAGACACAACAACAACAACAACAAGCCUCUGUUCAAGUAUUGUCUCGUCAAAACCAAUCUCGGAGGCCUUGCUUAACAUAUCUCUAGCAGAUCUGGAUCCAGGAACUGCAAAGCUUGCGAUUGGGAUCUUGGGUCCUGCCUUAUCAGCUUUCGGGUUUCUCUUUAUUUUGAGGAUUGUUAUCAGUUACUCCAAGAGAGCUGAUGCAACUGCAGAUUUGAGUGGUGCUAUUGAGGUUUGUCACUCUUACUUGUCUUUCGAGUUACUUGUUUUACCGAAAGAGCAUAGCUUU